GAGACAGAGAAGAGAAGCGGCUCGUGCGACUCACCCAAAUUAAUUAUCAGAAAAAAAUAAGAAUUAACGGGGAAAUAUGUGGCAAUUACCGGUGCUGAAAACUCUCUCUCCCUCCCCGGGGCUUCCUUGGGCCGGGACAGUUCGGAAACUCCGUCCAAAUCCGCCCGAACCCACAAAUUCACCGAGUUUUUUUCUCCUUCGAAUUUUUCUAUUUUUUUCUCCUCUUGCAGGGCUACCCAACUAGUCUGUGCCACACUUCCGGCGAAUAAGGUCAAAAAACAAAGAAUGUCUGGUUACUGUCGAUGCAAUUUCCGGCGAGUGAGGUCAAACAUCUUGCAAUGUGUAUGGAAAGGAGGAAGAUGGAGGAAAGGCGGAAGAUGAAAUAAUUGUAUUUACCUCUGUAUAUUCGUUAAAUAUUAGUUCCACAUUCUCUUAACAUUCUAACUUACGAUGCAGCCAUGAAAAUCUACAUGAAGCGUCACACUUCAAGACUGGAACUAAGUUAACAAUCAAUAGCUGACAUUGAUGGCAAAUUAAGAGAAAAUCUCCAUUUUGCCUUUUUAGGUGGAAGACUGUUUUCGGAGGGACGGUCCAACGACCGCUAGAGGGGGCGAAAUAUACAUUCAUUUGAAAUGCAGUCCGUUUAAAUUGCAGAUGUGUUUACUGGAAACCAUAAUUCCGGUGUACACUGUAAGAUAGCUAAAUUUGAAAGUUACAACGUAUCGGUUUGAGGAGUUAUUUUGUGGCAAAAAGCAGACUGAGUGAACUAAACUAAUGUUGACAUAGUUCUCUUGUCAGUCCACAGGGCGUCGCUUGAUGAAUGUGCACAUAGCUUUGUGCCCAAAUAACAUCGUGCGUGUGCAUGUCGCAUUACAAACAUGGAGUCACUUCCAGUAUAUGAGGUCAGAUAAUGUAGUCCACUUCCGGCCUGUGAGGUCGUACUGUAUUUGUAUUUGCCGAUGACACGUAGGCUAUCAUAAUAGCUCUCUGGCUACCGGCGAAAUAGAGAGUGGGUGCUGACGACAUUUGUUAGACAAAAAGUAAAGAAUUUCGCUGAACAUUGUGCUGAAAGGAAAUUAUACUCAAACGCAAUCAUGUAUAUCUCUAGAGACGUACAUCGGGUGGAAGCAAAUUAAGAAAAGCUGGAGGCACAGUGAACGUUAAGACAGGGGAUAGCUAGCUAAACAAAUGGGGGAGGUGAGGAAACUACACAAGAAGUUGAGACAAAUUGAAAAUCUGGAGAUCAAACCCUUCCUCACCCCAGAGGAGAGAGUCAAGAUAUCGAAGAAGGAGGAGCUUCGUGCCAGAUUGGCUGAACUGCUGCUGCAGCAUUCUGCCCCCCAGCAAACCCAAGGCAUUGUGGGAGACGAUAAGGAGAAAAUGAAAAGACGAGUGAGCAGAAGGGGCAGCUCGGAUGGCCUGGCCUCCCAGAUCGCCGCCCCCAAAGUUCCCAAAGCGGCGCCCCAGCGGGCGAGCAGGGCGGAGCAGCCGGACACGCCUGAGGACGCCGGAGCGCAGCCCACCGCAGGCAGACCGGACCAGGACGCGCGGCUUGCGGAGCACAAGACGGCCUGGGAGAGGGUGGGCUUUCGGCUCAGGCCGCUGGAGGGGCACAGCGACAUCGUCACCUGCGUCCUCGCCGUGGACAACCUGGUGGUCUCGGGCAGCCGCGACACCACAAUAAAGAUAUGGCAUGUUCCCACGGCAACAGAGCAGCGCAACCUUGGGGGCCACAGUAGGGGGGUCACCUGCCUGUCCUCGCCCCCCCCCGAACACUGCAGGAGACUGGCACGACGCCUGUCCCUGCCUGACACGGAGCGCUUCAUUCUCAGUGGCUCCCAGGACUGCUACGUGAAGAUCUGGGUCCUCCGCACAGGGUACUGUGUGAAGUCGAUCUACACCUUCAAUCCAGUGUCAGCUUUGACAUUUCUAUCAGAGGGAGAUGGGCACAUUGUCACAGGUUCAGACGGGGGUAAAGUGGAGGUGUGGAGCUGGGACUCCAUGGAGUGCUGUCAGUCAGUGAAAGAGCACGAGGACAGCGUGACAUCACUGCAGGGUCAGGGGCCGCUCCUCUUCAGUGGCUCCGCGGACGGGGCCGUCUCUGUGUGGGAGGUGCUCUGCUCCGCCCCCGCCCCCUUGAAACACCUCCAUCACUGGAGCUCUUCCGUGACUGGCUGCGACACCCCGAGUGACUCCGCCUUCAGCCGCCUGGCUCUCAGUCCCCGUGGAGACAGAGUGUUCCUGGCCAAUGGGAAAGCCAGCCUAAAGAUUCUGAGCUGGACGACAGGCUCUGUGUCCAGGCUGGCCAAUCACAGCAGCGUCGCCGGGGUGACGGACUGUGUCAGUCAGGCGGCGGGGAUCCUGAUAGCCUCCUGCUUUGACCUUGCCACGGGAGAGAGCUCCUUGAACCUCUUCUCUCUCCCCCAGUGCAAGUACCUGGUCUCGCUCACCUGUCCGCAGUCGCCCAGGAUCCUGUGCUUCACCGCGUGGCUGACGGCCAGCGGGGGCCAUCGCUGGGUCACGGGGGGGCGGGUCCUGACGGUUUGGGAGCAGCUUCCGAGUAACAGCAAGAAGAGUGGUGAUGUCACAGUGAGGAAAGACAGCCGAUUGGACAUCCCUCCGGUGGAGUCUGAUGGAGACACGGAUGAAGAUGAAAGUGAUGAUUAUUCUCUGGAAGACUACACGUCCCAGGGUGCAUCUGAAACAGAAGAGGAUCCCGGUUCUUCAUGGCUCCGGUGCACUGUGCAAUGACAGACAGACAGUUCACUCAGCUGCCCGAAUGAGAGCACAGCGCUGCAGAGUGACA